AUGAAACGUCUUGUUGUAUUUGAUUUUGACGGAUCUUUAAUUGAUGAAAAUUCCGAUACAUGGAUAUUUGAACAAUUAUCGAUCGAGACAGCUGAAAAGCUUGAUAAAUUAUAUGGGAAAAUACAGUGGACAGAUUUAAUGGACAAAUUACUUGGUGAAUUACACCAGAAAGGCAUAACAAGGCAACAAAUUGAACAUGCAUUUACAAAAAUUCCAUUUAGAUCUAAAAUGAUCGAAGCAUUAAAAACCAUCAAGAAAUUAAAUGGUGAUAUUAUAAUUCUUUCAGAUGCUAAUACUGUUUAUAUUGAAGAGAUUCUGAAGGCUUAUGAUGUAUAUGAGUUGAUUUCUGAUAUAAUAUCAAAUCCAGCAGAAUGGAAUGAAGAUGGUAGAUUACGUGUUCAGAGAUUAUAUUCUCCAAAUGACCCACCUCAUGGAUGUGAAAAUAAAUGUGCAUUAAACAUUUGUAAAGGUCGUGAACUAUUAAAGUUUUUAUCAAAAUGUGAAGUCAAAUAUCAACAAAUUAUAUAUGUUGGAGAUUCUUUAAAUGAUUUUUGUCCAGCUACUAAAAUGUCAAGUAACGACUUGUUUUUGGUAAGAAAAGGUUUGGAGCUUGAGAAGUUUUUAAAAAAUGGAUCGGAUUCCUGUAAACCUAAAUAUAAAGGUUUAAAGAACAUCAUCAAUCCACGUAUAAUUUAUUGGAAUGAUGCAAAUGAUGUUUAUAAUAUUAUAGAAAUAGAAUUUGAAACACUAAAAAACAAAUUUCAAAAGAAUGAUUCAGGGAGUGAAAUUGAUUUUGAUGAAGAGAUGAAACAAUUUCAAGAUUUAGACAUGCCUAAUUCUUUAAUAACUAAAAUUAUUGAGAAUGCGAUAGGUAACCAUCAAAUAGAAAAUAAUGCUAAAUUGGCUAUAAUAAAAUCAAUUACACCUUUUAUAAAAUUGAUAAGUAAAAGUGCCAAUGAAAUUGCAAAAGAUAAUAGUCAUAAAAACAUAAUAGCUGAUGAUGUAUUCAAAGCAUUAGAUUCUAAUAAAUUUAAAGAAUUCAUACCAAGGCUAAAAGAUGAAUUAAAAGUUUUUCAAGCUGAACAAAAACUUAAAAAAAACAGCGAAUCUAACAAUGGUAACAAUAAUAAUAGUAACUCAAAGUUAAAAGAAAAAAGAUCAAAAAUUUCUUCUUCUAAUAAUAUUUCCACAAUUGGAACUUUUGAAAAAAUUAAAGAUGUUACAUGA